AUGGCCGACAGCGACGGCGAGGAGAGCUGCUGGCCGCCCGGGGCCGCCGCCGCCUCUAGCCACGGCGGCGGUGACGGGGCACGGCUGUCCGGCGUGAGUAGGGAGAUCUACGACCGCCUGCGGGCCGCCGGCAACCAGGAGGCGCUCUCCGACACAUUCUUCGACCGCUUGCUCGAGGACCACUACGAGCGCCUCCCGUCCAGCUACUACGUCGACCUGGACGUGAACAAGGCCGAGGACGUGCUGCUGCACCGCCGGAUCCUCGCCGAGUGCGCCGACCCUGACAACCGCCCCGUCUUCCACGCACGCUUCCUACGGUACCUUCAGGAUGACAAACCGACACUUGUUGGGUCUGCUCCAAAUGAAAACGGUAAUUGUGGGGGCUCUCUGGCUUCCAAUUUGAGCAACGACGAAUUCGAGCGGAUGAUGGAAGGCCUCAGUUUGGGGCCAAGAAAAGGCGUGGACGAGGCCAUUUCUGCGAGGGAGAGGGAUACAAAAAUUCACCUUCUUCAUGAAAUUAUUUUUUCUUCCAAUGACAAGCCAAAGCUCCUUAGUCAGCUAGCUACGUUGGUGUGCGAUCUUGGAUUGAACAUUUGUGAAGCACAUGUGUUCACAACAACAGAUGGAUUGUGUUUGGGCGUAUUUGUUGUUGAUGGCUGGGAAACGGAGGAGACAGAUGGUUUGCUGCAGCAGCUCAAGGAGACAGCGAAACGUAAUGCCACAUUAUCCGAUCUAACAACUUCAGCUUCAGAGAGAAUAAUACAGCUGCAAGAAAAGAUUGGAGAUUCUGAAUUCAACAGGGAUCUGUUGCAGAUUAAGGAAAAUAUCGCACCUGGAUCUUAUGUAGACUUAUAUCGAGGAACUUACCUUGAUGUGGAUGUUGAAAUAAAGUACCUUAGAACUGAACAUGUUAAUGAUAAUUCAAAAGUGGAGUUUUUGCAAGAAAUAAUGAUUUUAAGGAGCGUUAAUCAUGAAAAUGUCGUUCGCUUUUACGGGGCAUGCACAAAGCAGCAGUAUCUCAUUGUAACAGAGUACGUGGCUGGAGGAAAUCUGUAUGACUUCCUUCACAAGCAAAAAAAUAGCUUGGAGCUUUCCUUGAUUCUUAGGAUUGCCAUUGGCACCUCGAAAGGGAUGGAUCAUUUGCACCAGAAUGACAUCAUCCAUAGAGACUUGAAAUCUGCCAAUUUAUUAGUUGGCGAUGGUCAAGUCGUGAAGAUUUCAGAUUUUUCUGUUGCUCGUCAACGAUCACGAGAGGGAGAUAUGACUGCUGAAACUGGCACCUACAGAUGGAUGGCACCUGAGGUGAUAAACCAUAAGUCUUAUGACCACAAGGCAGAUGUCUUCAGCUUUGCUAUUGUUCUAUGGGAGUUGGUCACUUUAAAGGUACCAUAUGAAAACAUGACACCAUUGCAAGCGGCACUAACAGUAAGGCAGGGACUUCGCUUGGCGAUUCCCUUGAGCGUGCAUCCGAGAUUGUCUAAAUUGAUUCAACGGUGUUGGGGUGAAAAUCCCCACACGCGACCCGUUUUCUCUGAGAUCACCACAGAACUGGAAGAUAUCUUGCAGACUUUUCAGGUCGCCUCCCGUUCCAAAGGAAGCCAUCGACAUACCAAACAAAAGAUACAGAUGAAAUCACAGUGA